AUGGUCUCUAAACAGAUAUAUUGUGGAGAUGUGUUCGAGUUCUCCCCCAAACACCUCAUCGACCCUACAGUCCAAAUGGAAGCUGUGAUUGACAAGGGGUGUCUGAUAGCCCUGGAGCCCCACAUGCGCGACGCUUACUUUCAAGUCAUUCAACAGUUCAUAUGCAAAGUACCAAAAUGCAGGUACCUGUGUGCUCUGUACGAGCACACUAUGGACACGGGCCCCCCUCAUGUAGUCCCGCUUGAGUAUGUGUGCACUGUUCUGAGUAGGUUGGGGUUCAAAAUGAUCAACUACUUCAUAGGGGAAGAUUUUUCGGGGCUCUCUAACGAAAUCGAGAACAUGAGACGAGAAAUGACAGAUGUGUAUAAGGAAAAUGCCUACCUUUUUGCUAAAUAACACCUGGCUAAACGAUUUCCUUUCCCAAAAUAUUUGAGCGUAUGUGAAUAAGUUUUGACCAUAACAAAAAACGGACUACGCUUAGACAUGAUGAAUAGACUUUCAUGGAUCCUCUGCGAAUAGCAGAAAC